GCUGCGCACCUUUGCCUCUGCACUUUGGCCCCACAAAAGACUCGAGCGAGACAAAACCAAUCAUACAAGCCGAGCGCCGGGGAGACGCCGGAGCAAGACGAAGCCGGCGGCCAUGGGGACCCAGACAUCGGAGGCGGAGAAGGAGAUGAGGGCGUGGUGCGUCGCGCUCCCCAAGGUGGAGCUCCACGCCCACCUCAAUGGCUCCGUCCGCAACUCCACCCUCCUAGAACUUGCAAAAGAACUAGGAGACAAAGGAGUGAUCGUCUAUGAAGAUGUUAAGGAUGUAAUCAUGAAGAAUGACAGAUCUCUUCCAGAGUGCUUUAGGCUCUUUGAUUUGUUCCAUAUACUCACGACUGACCAUGAUACGGUGACAAGGAUCGCCAAGGAGGUUGUAGGAGAUUUUGCUGCCGAGAAUGUUGUGUAUUUGGAAAUAAGGACGACACCUAAGAAUAAUGAAGCCAAGGGGAUGACCAAGCGAUCCUACAUGAAUGCUGUUGUUAAAGGUCUUAAGUCUGUUGAAGACGUUGAUGUUGUUCUAAACGAUGAAAAAAUAAGUUGUGCACCAAUGAGUGAUUUUGGUGGCGACACCAAGAGAAAGAAGAUAUAUGUUAGGCUCCUUCUGAGUAUUGACCGUCGUGAGACAACUUCUGCUGCAUUGGAUACUGUUAAUUUAGCCUUGGAACUGAAGGACGAGGGUGUAAUUGGCAUUGAUCUCUCUGGCAAUCCAGUUGUAGGGGAAUGGGAGACAUACCUGCCUGCUCUAGAACGUGCUAAAGAGCUGGGAAUCCCCACCACAAUUCACUGUGGCGAGGUACCAAACAGGAAGGAGAUCCAAGCAAUGCUGGACUUCUGCCCUCAAAGGCUAGGUCAUGUCUGCUGCCUUGACGACGAAGAGUGGAAGAAGCUCAAGUCAUCAAUGAUCCCGGUGGAGAUAUGUUUAACCUCCAAUGUUAUGACCGGAGGCACCCCUUCUCUAGAGCUUCAUCACUUUGCUGACCUCUACAACGCGAAACACCCUCUGUCGAUAUGCACCGACGAUUCUGGCCUGUUUUCGACGAGCCUCUCAAACGAGUACUACCUCGUCGCGUCUACCUUUGGUCUUAGCAAGGCCGAGCUGUUUCGGCUGGCCCAGAGCGCUGUAGAGUUCGUGUUCGCCGACGACGAGGUGAAGAAGUCGCUUAGGGCGGCGUUUGAGCAUGCGGCGGCGUAGAGGCUCACGAGUUAGGCCCCCAUCGCCCAUAGGCCUUGCUCUCCAGUGUACUAGUAUGUCACUAUGUGUGUUCCCGAGUAGAUCAGGAGGAAAUGAAUAAUAGAACUCUUAGGUGUGUUUGACAGCAUUCCCAAAUUAGAGCAUCUCUAGUAGUACCCUCAAA